CUCUCAAAACUGCAGGGUCUCUCCAAUGACAGGCCAAAAAUCUGACACAGCAUGUCUGUGCCGCUGGUUUCGUCUCUUCCAGAGCCUGCCGCUAGAAUGCACGACGAGUGUUGCGAAUGCCAUGUGAGGAAAGUCCACAUCUUGAACAAUGCUUGUGGUCGGAUCGUGCAGAUAUCCGAGAUUUAGUUGGAAGAUGUAUAAUCUCGAGUGAUGUACCGAAUCCAGGAUCGAUAUCCAUCUCCGUCCUCGUCAUCCCAUUGACCAUGAGCUCUUGUCUCUCUGCUCGAUACAGUAUUUACAGCUGAUGAUCAUCAUCCUUACACAAGGAUAGCUUGGUCCACUUCAUGACCGUGCUUCUGAUACAUCAUUAAUAUUCUGCGUGAUGAUACUGUACACAAUAUCGGAGUCGAGUUGAACGAGAAUCGCGCUCACUUUGAUAUUCAGCAGACGAUGUUCUCCAUUCUUUGAUAUAAUAUUCUCGACCUUAAAGUCAAAUUGCUGGAAGAGUCUUUGUAACUGAACGUCCACACGCAGUCCAACUGCAAAAGCAUGCGUGCUACGAAAUACCGCAUUUAUACACGUCACAGUUCUGAGCGUGCUGGCGCUUACCAUUGUGUUGAGAUCAGGGCCAGCACAAGCAUGUUAUCAGCGUCUUUCACAGAUAUACCUCAGCGAGUCAACCAUGACCUGAUACAUGGCUUACUAGAACUGAAAUGCUGGGAUGUGGAUGAUUCUUUCUGCAUGUUCAACAGGUUCAAGGAGGGCAGCAAUGCGGACUCCUCAAAUACCUUCUAGUAGAAAGAUAAAGAUGGGAAGCAUCGAGACAAGGUAAGAGACAUUCGGAACAAAAUAUUGGAUAACACAUCAACAGUUUUUCUAAUGGCCCUAUAUUUCUGGAUGCAAGCUUUAUUAUCAUCACGGCUCGAGUCAAUAGUAGAUGACCUGAAUCAAGAACUGCUGAUCCAGUCUCUGAGAUUCUGAAGUUUAUGUACACCAUUCUCUUCGUCCAGAUAGAAAGAAUUUCUCUCGUCUAAGCGAAACAGGAUAUGUUUCAGAACAAUACAGAAGAAUUUCUGUCUGUUUCGAGAGUCUUGAUUUCUUAAGUUUCCGCUUCGUCUCGCAUAUGAUGCAUGAAGCCUUCAUUGAUCCAUUCUUUACGCUCCACUUCGCCCCUAAAAUUCGGAGCGAGUAUGACUUUCACUGGUAUGGAGCACGGGCGGGUCCCUUCAUACGAACACUAUUCGGGCGGACGAACUGUUGAGUAAGUCGAUAGAGUUGAGCGAGAGGUGUUGGGUAUGGAGACGGAGCAUCAGAGAGAUCUUGUGUUUCCCGCGUCCUCUCUCUAGUCUUCAAUUCGAACCCUCGCUCUUCUUGCUUUCGGCUUUCUUCGCUUAGUUUCAGGAGCCAAAUGCGCGGAGAAGUGAAGAUGUCAACGCUGCAGCAUGCUGAGCAACGAUGAGCGAUUUUGGAUCGCCGUCAAUAUUAUCUUUGCUGUGAAUUGUGGUGGCGAAUUGCUCCGGCCCAUCACUGUAAGUCAAUCCUAAAGUUUAGUAAGGCGAUGUCAAGUAAUUUCUUACUGAGAAUGCUGUCAUACCAAUCUCCGAGCACUCAAUUGAAAAUUCUGGUAGACAUAGAAGUGACUGUUACUGUGAAAGUGUUCCUGCUUCAGGAUCCUUUAUUUACAUUUCGCGAUCGGAAGCUUUACAAUUGAGGUGAUGUUGAAACAAGGCUCUGAUUUGCGAAAUACAAAAUUACCUGUAUUUGAAAAACCCAAAAAUACUUCACUUAGGCUUUGAUUCACCGAUCAUCACUAAGGAUAUAAAGUAUCAAUGUCUUAUGCUGGUGAAUGAUUAUUAGUUUUGUGAGCAUGCAAUCAAUUAGACAUCGCUGGAUAGACCAUAUCGUAUGGCCUGUGAGGGUGAGCUUUGACAUGUACCUUCUUACGCGACAGGAAUUAGCUUUCAAGACUGAAGGAAACUGUCGGUGCGUUGGGGCUUCAUACCAAUCAGAGCAUAGUUCAUUCAUUUGGCUUUGUAACUCUCGAAUACAUGUUCGUUUUAUGAACCCCCAGAUUUACAAUUGAUGGUCUCGAGCAAGCGGUUGAGCGUAGAGGGUGUGAUAUCAGGGCUUUGUUUAUAUCUCAGCAUAAAUCUCAAUUCACGAACUGAUAGAAGGAGAAUAUACAAGUAGAGACACCAGUCGCAACGUGAUUAAAAUCAGGCAUACCGAAAACUAGAGAGCCCUGCAUUCGACAAUUGCAAGAAGAGAAGUUUUCUGUCUCGCAUUUAGGAAGCGUACUGUCUGAGCUGUGUUGAUGGCUAGUCAUCACAGCAAGAAGACUACACAGAAAGCCACCAGAUUGGUAGGCAGGGUCAAUCAGUAUCCCAGAAUCAGAAAACAUUUUGAAAAUCCUACGUACGGAUCCAUCUUGCAUUCCUUCGAUAAUCCUUAUUUGCCUUGGAAUUAUUAACCCUGCUGACGAUACUGCUGCGACAUAUUUCAAGCCUUGUGAACUUCACGUAAACUAGAAAAGCACCGUAUGCUAAAAUGCUAAACUGGCUCAGUACAAGUAAUCGGCGUACAUCUUUGUUUCGUUCUGGAAUCCCCUCUAGAAUACUUUUCUGGGUUGCACUCAACAUGCGAUUAUUCACAGCUUGAUGCAGAGAAUGUUCUAUGAAGCCUUGGACGGUAGGCGAAAAAUUAAUAGAGAUAUUCCGUGAACAAUUUUCUGUU